AUGGACAACGACGCACCCUCAUCACGGACAGCAUCUACAGAUGGUUUGCAAGGCGGAAGUCCCCCAGCCAAACCCCCUAUCAAAGAACCCGUCAAUGGCCCACCUGUUUCGUCCAAACCAGCUUCUCUCGGCCCAUGGAAGGGACACGGUCAACUGCGCAACCAAUCUCCAGCAUCUCCUUCACAAUUUGAAGCAUCGAGUUCUUCCUCCACGCCAGAGUCAUCAAACGAAGAUGCCGAUGCGCCCUCGUCUCCCAGCGCUGGUACGUUGAAGGAGGAGUUCAAAGUCGCCCCGCAAGUCCCAGUCAUUGCCCAGGCCCGCAGUUGCAAUUUUGAGCAGUUCGUCAAUCGCUUCUCUCUUGCUGAAUCAGGAUAUGCCAUUGAAUUUCUUGAGGCGGGAACGGAGCUGGGCAAGGAGGUCUCCAAGGAGGUCAUGCGCCGUCACCGGAUCAAAGUCGAGGGCUACCAAGACAAACUGUCGGAUCAGUACAAGAGUCGCCGCCUCAACGGUGGACUGGUUCAUGGCACGUGGAUACACGCCGUUAGGAUUCAGUCCAAAGCAGUCCUGAAAGUCCUAUCCGAAGUUGGUGGCUAUGCUUGGGGCCAAGAACCCUACACCUUCAUGCGCCCUUUCGCCCAUCUCAUCCACUUCCACCCCAAGAUCAAAGCCAAGUUCAAAGAAAUUAGGGCCACCCCACCCAAGAGCGACGAGGAAAAGCAAGAAAGAGAGCAGCUUCAAUGCUAUGUCUCCUUUGUUGAAGAGCGCCUCCUUCCGCCAGUACACCAGUUUGACGACGUCCAAAGCCCACAAGCGAGAAGAGUCCGGUAUGACGACCUCUGGUAUCUCUUCAAAGCGGGCGACCUGGUGUAUGUUCCCUUGAGCACGCUUCGCAAGCAGUGGUCCGGCGGAGACGCAGAGAUUCCGAAAAACGCAGUUCAUCAAAGAGUGUGGCGGCUCGAAAUCUUGGUGCCGCACGCAGGCGAUCUGCAGCUCGCCAUGUAUGGAAGCUCAGAAACAGGUGCGAAAGCCGCGGCGUGGCUGUACUUCAUAGAUUACGAUGGAGUGUCUUAUAAGCCGGUUUCGUUCGGUUUCACUAUUGAGGGCUACGACGGCUUGAAGGAAGUUCGAAAGCUGGAGGUUUACCCACUUCGGUUUGAGCCUGACAACCAAGCUAUCGUGCAAGAACAGCGCGAGCUAGGUCUCCGAUUCACCGAAUGCAUCCAGCAGCGCCACGUCUCGUAUAAGGCUUGGUCUCUCCUCACAAGUCCACUUGGCCGAUACUACUACUUCAGGGGUCGGCCCGUCACCAGCGCCGAUUUUAUUGAUGGCGACGUCAUUAUUGACUUCCAGGAGGCCUUCAACGCCUGUCCACAUUGGAAAUACAUCUACGGCCUUGAUGCGGCACACUCGGAGAGCUACAUAGAGACCGAUAGCGAUGUCAAUCGUAUUCUCCUGUGGUCAAGUCCAUCGCGUACACGGCUGCAAUUCAGUUGGCCUAAUAUUGUGGUUCUUGGAGAUGAUAUUGAAUUCCUCGAGGGCGUACCUUUCAGACAGAAACACGCAUACGGCAUUGCGGGCCUGCCUAAACCGCUGGACGAGGACCUCGCCAUACUGCCCCAACGCCUUUUCGGGUAUGCACUCAGGGAGCGCAAAUUCGUCUUUUUGCAUGUCAAGGAUGUCCGUAUUGAGCGCAGCACACUCGACACCGACCCGUUCCGAUUCUUGCAGAUAGACGCCGCCAAUAAGCGCACCAUCCGCUGUUUGGUGAGCGAUCACUUCAAUACCAAAAAAGCUAGGAAAUCUGGAGAGAUUGCCAGCCAAGAUCCAAUUCCAGGAAAGGGUCGCAGCCUUGUCUUUCUCCUCCACGGGCCGCCGGGUGUGGGCAAAACGGCCACCGUCGAGGCUGUUGCCCAGGUGUAUCGUAAGCCGCUGUUCUCCAUCACCUCCGGGGAUCUUGGGUCAACACCCGCCCAAGUGGAGAGCAACCUGACUGAGAUAUUCCAUCUCGCAAACGUCUGGGACUGCGUUCUUCUGCUUGACGAGGCCGAUGUCUUUCUGGAGGAGCGCGAGAAGAGCAAUCUGGAGAGAAAUGCUGUCGUGUCGGUCUUUCUCAGAGUCAUGGAAUAUUACAGCGGUAUUCUGUUCUUGACUACCAACCGACCAGGACAGCUGGACGAAGCUGUCAAAUCGCGGGUGCACAGCACAUUGCUUUAUCACAGCCUUGAUCUACGCCAGACACGGGAGAUUUUCCGCCUCAACAUUGACCGGCUGGACCUCAUUGAGAGACAGCGCCAAGCCAACCCCGAACGGCCUGCCCGGCGCUUGCAUUGCGACAAGGCUGGAAUUUUGGCCUUUGCGGAGCAGCACUGGCACAAGCAUGAGAAGGAUGAGCUCGGCCGGUGGAACGGACGUCAGAUCCGUAACGCAUUCAUCAUGGCUGCCGCGCUGGCACGAUGCGACGAUGACUACGACGACCACAGCCACGAUGACGAGAAUAUUACGGCGGUGGUGACGCAACGCCACUUUGAGUUUGUUGCCCAUAACGUCACCAACUUUGACAACUACAUGGCCAGGGCUCGUGGCGGACUUGACUCGGAGCGCGCCCGUAGGAGGAUGGAUAGGCCGGACCACUUUGACAAGCGCGACGGUAAUGGCCAUCCACUCUGCCAAUCCGAAGGUAUGCUAACGUGUCUGGAAACAGAUGAAUCGCCACGGCGGACACCACGGCGCGGGGCAGCGCUGCCAAACCCAUCGCUGUCAUCGUCCUACUAUCCUACGACAGCCGCACCAUCGCAACCGCCACAGCAAGCACCCACCCCGGUGUACCAGCCCCAGAUGCUGAAUCCUAACUAUAGCUAUGCACGACCCGCAUACAACCUCCCCUUUAUGGCGUGGCCUCCACCGCUUCAUCACGCCACUGUGCCGCCUCAAGCUUCCCUUCCCCAGACGCCACUACCAGCUCAGACAUUCACGGCAGGCGCGCCAUCGAGUGGGACUACUUCUGACGCUGGGGUCGCGGUGGAGGGAACAGCUUGGGAGACGCAGCAGCCUCAGGUUGUUGCUGCAUGA